CCGAAUAGAGUGGAAUAGAGUGUUUAAUCUGUGACUUAAUAAUAAAAAAAAAUCUUCAAGUUUUUUUUUGUGAAUUUGUCAAAACCCUGGAAUUUGUUAGCCUUCCUUGUAUUUUGAAAUAAACUAUUUUUCCAAGUACUUUUAACAAUUAGUAAUGUUUGCACCGUAAAAUAUUUACUUCACAUUAUUUAAUGUGCCAAUUUAGAUUUUGUAAUGUGAGGCUGUGUUGCUGCAAGUUCUUGGUUGAGCAAAGGAAGUGACAAAGCGUCGAGUAAGUAGUAGUGGUUUGGCGGAAUUGUAGAUACGUAGGUAGUCAUUUGACAAAAUAUCAGUGCUGUGAGACUGGACUAAACUGGACUUGUGUAAAGUGCAUCCAAUGGAGUCGGAGCAUCAGCCGAAAUUGAAUCCAAUACGAGCUUUUCAAGCUCUUCAUGGAAACCCUGCAGACUGCGAGGAGACAUACACCAGUCUUUCGGAGUAUCACGACUAUGAGCCAAGCUUGGAAUUCGAUGACUCGGAGUUAAUCCAAACGGCGGGUUUGGCGCCUCUGCCCCCGGAGCUGUUGGACAUCCCGGAAGACUUCCUCGAGCAUUCCGCGAGCGACGGCACAAUAGAAGAGAAUUUUGAGGAGGAGCUUGCCAGGGCCCCAGAAGUUUAUGCAGAGAUAUCGGGUUCCUCUUUGGACGACGAGUGCUUCGCCGAGCUCAAUGGCACGGGGCUGAUCGACGUGGUCGGCGACGACGACAUCGGGCGGCGGAUCAUCGUGGUCUCCGCCUGCAGGCUGCCGCAAAGCAAGGACCCCGAUAUACUUCUGAAAUAUUUCAUGUUCACGCUUGACAAGUACGUGGAGCAGGACUACAGCGUUGUGUAUUUCCACUGCGGUCUGACUAGCAAGAACAAGCCUCCGCUGUCGUGGCUAUGGAGGGCAUACAAGGCCUUCGACAGGAAGUACAAGAAGAACCUGAAAGCGUUAUACUUGGUGCAUCCGACCAACUUCAUCAGGAUCGUAUGGCAGAUGCUGAGGCCAGCCAUCAGCGUCAAGUUCGGAAGGAAGAUGAUGUACGUCAACUACCUCCACGAGCUCCAGCAGUACCUGGAUCUGGAGAAACUGUGCAUCCCGCAUCCUGUGCUUGAAUACGAUAGACUGCUGCUUUCGAAGAACCCAAGAGCGUCAGAAGCUGCUAAGAUGCUGCGCGAACGGAUGAAGAAGCUUGCGGACCAGUUUGGCUCCAAGUCGACGCCGAAGGAAAGCCUGUCGCCGCCUAGCACCCAGCAGUUCGGCGUGUCUUUGCAGUUCAUCAAGGAGAACAACACUAACAUGGUGGAUGCUAUUCCUCCAGUGGUACGACAGUGCGUCGAGUUCUUGUCUCAGCCGGACGCGCUGGAGACCGAGGGUAUAUUCCGCCGUUCAGCCAACAUAUCAGUGAUAAAGGAGCUGCAGAGGUCUUGCAACCGCGGCGAGCCGAUAUCAUUCCGGAACGACCCUCAUAACGCUGCCGUGCUGCUCAAGACAUUCCUCAGGGAUCUGGAGGAGCCACUCAUGACGUUUGACCUGUACGACGAGAUUCUCAAGUUUCAGACCUGGUCUCUCCGGGACAAGCCCCGUCGGGUGAAGAUACUAAUUCUGGAGCGCUUGCCCCUGGAUAACUACAAACUUCUGAAGUUCAUCAUACAAUUUCUGUGGAAGGUGCAAGACAGGAGCUGCCUGAACAAGAUGACCAGCAGCAACUUGGCCGUCGUGUUCGGGCCCAACUUGGCUUGGCCACCCAACGGACAGAUGUCGCUGCAGGCCAUCGCACCCAUCAACGCGUUCACAGACUUCCUCCUGGAGAACCAAGAAUCAAUAUUCAUCAUCUAAAUUGAUUCAUCCGCCUCUCAAUCAUUCCGUAACCACAUGAAAUCUCAAUGGAUUUUGUUUUUAAGAACAUUUUAUUAUACAUAUUUCUUUUUUAAACUUUACUCACUCGUAUCAAUGUUGAACGAAUGAAUUUAAUUUUACCUGCCACUAUGAUUCUCGCCGAUGAAUUUUACAAUAUUAUUCAUUGUUAAUAAACGGCUAUUCUGAAAUUUUACAACGAAUAUUUUAAAAUUAUGUGGCUAGUUCUAGAAAUCAAGGAAUUUUACCGUGCUUUGAUCGUUGAUUUUGAUUUCCAACGAAUAACAUGUUUAUGUUUAUGCAUUUCUUUUCCGUGUCAAACAUCAUCUUAAAUAAUUAUUAUCGCUUACAUUCAGCCUACUGCCGUCCAUUGAAUAAAUCAAAGUGACAAUCAAGGAAAUCGUCGUUAACACAAUAUAUUUCAGAACCAAAUCAACCAAGCAAUUACGUCAUCUAAAGUCAUUUUCAAACCGUGCUGAAGUAACAGAAAACUAAAUGCUACCGCGAAGUAAAUUUUCUUAUGAUUACUGUAACAGUCCACUGUCCAAUAUAUUAUUUUGAUAACAGAACUAGCCUUUUGUAAGAUCGUAUUCGGCACACUAUACGACUACUCGUUAUAUUUGUAUAAGACUACGUAGGUGUAUAAUAAACUUUUUGUACUUUCAUAUCAUCGACGUAAUAAUACAUAUGGAAGACCUAUUGCAGAUAUUAAAGAAAUAUACAAUAAAGAUCAAAUAUUGAUUAAAUAGUAACAUGAUUCCUUAUUAUUCCCAUUGUUACAUAGAAUUUCCAUUGUAUGUUAAUUAUUUAUUGUUAAAACAUCAUUCCAUGCAACAAUAUGUAAUUUAAUUUACUCCAUUUUCAAUAUUAAAAUAUCUGUUGUGACAGUAGACAUACUUAUUUCAAUGUUACAAACGAUAAGAAUCAGUAGUAUGUCUGUAUCUAUUUUUAUUUCGAUUAGUAAUUAUAUAAAAGUUGAAUCUUAAAAUAAACAUGUAAUAGAACGUUGAGAUUCUUUGAGUUAGUGUUUUCAACACUUGGGUUCUUAUUAUGAAUCGAAAUCUAAAUCUUGAUUCGUAUUUAUUUAAAUAUCGUUCAUAAUACGAACCUUAAAUACUUUAUAAAUCAUAAAUGUUACUUUGUAUGAUUGGGUAUUUUAUUAGGGAUAGUAGAGAUUUAUACCAAAAAUAACAAACAUAGGGUAUAUAGAAUAGUAAUGUUUAAUUUUUAGUUUAAUGAUUAUUUUAUUCUUUUUACAAUAUUGUAGUUAAAGCCAUAUUUCAAAUACAUUCAAAUGUUUGUCACGCGAUAAUUUGGCUUAUUCCCGCUCUCCUAUCAUAAAUUGACUGCUAUCAUUCCGUGUUUUUGUGAGUUUUCUUGAUACUGAUGCAAAAUUUGAAGGAUCUUCAUCUUUGGAAGAAAUGCUGAAAUUACCUUGUAAUGGAAUUAUUGGGAAUAACCGUUUUCGCAAGAUGAAUACAAGAUUAUACCCGCCGAUAGCGUUAUUGGUCCUUUAUGCAGAUGACAAAAGGUCGGUUACUCGUUCCCCUUCUGACCCAUUCAAUAGCAUGUGCGGCAGUCAAGUAUAGGGCCGUAAAGGUGCGGUGAUACAGUGUCUGUCUAUACACUUAUUUAUUAUACACCUUAAAUACCGUUACAAAUGACGAUAUUUAUUAACUUCUUCCCGGCCUUGAUUUAACUGUCAAGGACAAAAACUGUUAUUAAUCCUGUUUCUCAAGAAUCGAGUUGUUUUAGAGAUUUCUCUUAUGGAUCGAUAACUACUAACUUGAAAUCUGCUAGUUAAUUUAAUGUCACCAAGUUGUUGGUUUGUAAUGGUUUGAAAUAUUUUCGUCUUCCUUCUCUUGACCUUAACAAAAUUAUUCAAUGUUUAUAGGUAAUUAUUCUUUAUACUACAUAUUGUGUACUUUAUCUAGGAAUAGAACAUUAAGGUCCCUCAUUAUUUGGAUAUCUAAUUGUUUUUGUAUAAAAUGAGAGCAUGCAUGGGAUUUUCAAUAAGUUAACUAAAUUUGUACGAAAUGAGAGUGCCAUUUAUUCAUUCUGAUACUUCCAAGGUCACAAUAAUAAUAAAUAAUUGUAAUAAAACAAUAAUUUUAUAGUUUAGGUAAAAAUCACAUAUUGUAAGAUGUUUUAAUAAUUGUCUAUAUUAAUCGAAUUAGUUUAAGCACUCGGUAAAUGGAAGCACAAUGGUUUGAACGAACAUGCAAUGAUUGUAUUAUACUUGUAAAAGCAUUCAUCAGUGACCAUUGGGGCGCACGACGCUUUUAUGUUACUUUAAGGCCUUUAUGUUUGACACACUUUUGAUUUCUUCAACAAUCAACUCUUCCUGAGAUCUCCCCCUUAUAUCAUUGCCGCCCGGUUUUGGACUUCUCGUUAUAGUGUGCCUCAAUUGUCGCUAUUCCGUUUUAUACACUACUUAUUGUAUUGACUCUUUAUGGUACGUAAUUGUACCCUAAUUAUAAUCCAAAUUAUUAAUAAAUAUUUCACGAUUUAAACAGACGUGGUCAGCGUUAGCUAAUCCUUAGUUAAAUAAAAUUAUUAUCACAGUGAAGAGUUCGGCUAUUAAACUUAAAACAAAUCUAUCGCAUACAUACAUAUUACAAAAAAUAUCGUUGUUCUUAUAGGACUUAUGUUCAUUGUUAUUACAGUAUUUACAGAUAAUGUUUUAGUACUAGUUAUAAAGGAUUUUGUCAAUUGUGGCCAUUAGCCGACCGUUAAUCUCAGCAAUCGGCCUAAAACCAAAAUCUGUUUUCUUAAAUCUUGUUGCAUCCGAAUUUUGUGGGGAAAGUUUACGUAUGUUGCGUUAGUACAAAAUAUUCUUUCAAACACAGUUCAAAAUAGUAAAUAAGUUUCAUAAUGCACUUUAUUAUCUACGAAUUUGUUUUUUCAAUCAUUCCAGAAUGAUGUAUUAUUUUAUAUCUAUCAUAAGUUUAACCUGAAGAAUUUCUUAUUUUCCGCCACUGAGGACUGUAUAUUACUAACAUUUUAAUCUAUGGUUGCCGUUUUACCAGAUCACGUACUACCUUACAUAUAUUAUAAUGAAACUAACCAAAACACGGCUACUAUGACAAGCUCGCUAAGUUUUAUUUCUUCACUUUACUUGUGCGUGAUGUUAUUUGGUGUAAACAAAAGAUCUGGUAACAAUGAAGAAUAAUAUUAUAUUUUAUGUUUAAAAAGUAUAUUAUUAUGUAAGUUUAAUAUAUUAUUAUAAAGAAAUCUUAGGUCAGUUCAGUUAUUAUUGAUGAAAGCUUUAUAAAAGCGUUUCAGAAAUUAUAAGUGUUUUUUGUAUUUUUAGAAUAUAAUAAUUAAAUUGUUUAAAUCUUUCAUAUACGAUCUGUUAACUGAAAUGUAAUAAUAUCAAUAAAACCUGAUUCAAAGAA